UGCUCGCCGGUCUUCCGACCUUGGCGGGCCCCCAACGCCUCGCCAACUCCCUCAGGCAGAAGUUCGCCAGCAACUCCGGUUACCCCCGGCCCGGCCUGAUGCGCGCCGCCCCAAUCGCGACGAUCUCCUCGUCACGCUCGCUUCCCGAGGUCGCACGACUGGUUGUGACCGCGGUUAGUCCCUUCCACUAAAAGACACACACAAAAAAAGACCCAGAAGACGCCGGUCGCACCGCGAGUACCUAGGAACCAUGACGACGAUACCGAUACUCAACAUGGAGUUCGGCGAGCUCAAGGAGAUUGUCUGGUCGAAGCUGCAAGAGCCGAAGGCUCAACGCAAGUUGAUCCUGGUCAUCGUUUCCGUGGCGCUGCUACUGGACAACAUGCUGUACAUGGUGAUAGUGCCGAUUAUACCCGACUACCUCAAGUUCGUGGGCGCGUUCGGGCCGGUCGAGGAGACCGAGGUCAACACCACUGGGCCGCCUGAGCAUCACGGCCAGGACUCCGCGACGGGGGUGCUGUUCGCGUCGAAGGCGAUCGUGCAGCUGAUGGUGAACCCGUUCUCCGGCGCGCUGAUCGAUCGGAUCGGCUACGACAUCCCCAUGAUGAUCGGUCUCUGCAUCAUGUUUCUAUCGACCAGCGUAUUCGCGUGCGGCAAGAGCUACGGCGUGCUGUUCUUCGCGAGGAGCUUGCAGGGCGUCGGCUCCGCGUUCGCCGAUACCGCCGGCCUCGCUAUGAUCGCCGAUCGCUUCACGGAGGAGGCGGAACGAACGAAGGCGCUCGGCAUCGCCCUGGCGUUCAUCAGCUUCGGCUGCCUGGUCGCGCCGCCGUUCGGGGGCGCUCUUUACCAGUUCGCCGGCAAGGAGGUGCCGUUCUUGAUACUGGCGUUCGUCAGCCUGGCGGACGGCUUCAUGCUGCUGCUGGUGAUGAAGCCGAUCAAGGAACAGAUGCGCGAACGUUUGGGUCAGGAGCCCAAGUCGACGAUACCGAUCUGGCGGCUGCUGAUGGACCCGUACAUCGCCGUGUGCGCGGGCGCUCUGAUGAUGUCCAACGUCGCGCUCGCCUUCCUCGAGCCGACCAUCUCGCUGUGGAUGGAAGACACGAUGACGCACGACAACUGGAAGAUCGGUAUGAUCUGGCUGCCGGCCUUCUUCCCGCACGUGAUCGGCGUCGUGAUCACCGUCAAGAUGGCCAAGCAGUACCCGCAGUACCAGUGGCUGAUGGCGGCGGGCGGCCUCGCGCUCGAGGGUCUCUGCUGCUUCAUCAUACCGUUCUGCACCUCGUACAUAGUGCUCAUGAUACCGCUGUGCGGCAUCUGCUUCGGCAUCGCGCUCAUCGACACCGCGCUGCUGCCCACCCUGGGCUACCUGGUGGACGUUAGGUACGUGUCGGUGUACGGUAGCAUCUACGCGAUCGCCGACAUCUCGUACAGCGUGGCGUACGCGGUGGGCCCGAUCAUAGCCGGCGGCGUCGUCGAGGCGAUCGGUUUCACCGCCCUCAACAUCGGCAUCGCCUUCUCGAAUCUGCUCUACGUGCCGGCCCUCUACUACCUGCGCCACAUCUACGACUUCAAGCCGUUCCAGGACGAGGCGAACAUACUGAUGCAGGACCCGCCCGAUAAGGAGUACCAGACGUACGUGCUGCAGGAGCAGCGGCCGAUCACCGGCGAGAUCGGCAACCAUCUGAACCAGACGCGCAUGGAGACGAAUAUCGAUCAGAGUUACGACCAGAGCUAUCAGACGGCGGGGCAGGUCGGUUACGAUCAACGCGCCGGCGGUUACGGCGCGCAGAACACGAUCGGCGGUUACGGCCAGCCCGCUUACGAGCAGCCGCCGGUUUACAAUCAGCCGGCUAGCGGUUACGGCCAGCCCGGCGACUACGGCCAGCAGAGGAACUACGCGGCCGAGUCACGCCAGGAUCAGCAGGGCGCCCAGGGUGACGUGAACCCCUUCAGGAGGCCGGACGCGCCGGAUCCACGGCCGUCCGGGGACAGCAACCCCUUCAGGCAAGGGAUGUACUAGAGCGACGGCCGCCGCCGAGCGACCUUAACCGAUCGGACGCGCGUCUCCUUCGCUCGGGAGUGUGUUCGAGAGUCUUCGUGACAGGCUUCCACUUAUAUCGGCAAGAGAGAGAGAUAGAGAGAAAGAGCUGGAGAGAAAGAGAGAGAGAGAAUCGACGUCGUCGCGAGGCACGGCAGAACUCCCGGCAGCGACGGCGAUCGGGACGCUCGAGCAGAUUCAGAGGGGAAUCGCCGAUCGCGCCGGUGUCCCGCCGGACCUCGAUCGUACUCGGAGUAUCGUCGGUGUUUGUCGGGGAUGACAGGUGCAACGACUUGUAAAGUGAUUCCCUCGGAGCUCUCGCGACGGGUUCACGUUCGCAAACAGUGAGUCCCGAUGGUCCUGGCUCGAGCUUCCGCGCGCGCAGCUGGUAAUACCAAUCGCGAGGAUGUAGGAGACGUUGCUGGAUGCACGACGUUGAGAACGCGAAACGUGGAGAGAAGUGGAUGGAGAACGGUCGGACGAGCACGCGGGGAGGAUAGUAGUAGGCGUCUUCGUCGGGAAUAAAGACCUUGAGGAGAGAGAGAGAGAGAGGGAGAGAGCAACUAGUCGCAACAUCGAAAUAAAAUAAAGUAGUGACAAGGCAGCCGGGGUGUGUCGGUGCUGUGGAGGAGGGAGGAAAGACAACGUUCUUCUUUAAUUGGGAUGCGAGAGGUCAUUGCGCGAACAAGUGUAGAGGGAUCGAAGGGAGAAUUCACGGCCGCGACGAAGGCUUCCCGUCAGCAAGGACCUUCGCUCGCGGAUUGCCGCCGGGCAAGUCUUGAGUUUUUAAACGCUUGUGUUGAAAAUCGUUUUACAUUGCUGAACGGAAAUAUCAUAUCACUAAUUAAGGCGUCAGAAAUCUAGGGAAUAAGGCUUUAAGUUAAGUAGGCGAUUGUACAGGGGGUUGUGACAAGGGCGGUCGAUUUGCCCCACGAAUCGCUCUGCAUUGGCAAAGUACUCUCGUACCUCUUCGAUUUUUCGUUACUAAAUGCCAUAAACGACAUGUCAAUAAUGAAACCGACGUUACGACAAUUGCUUUCGGUGACUCAAAUGGAACUUUUGCGUGCGCUUGUACAUUCUAGAGUCGUUAUUUGUUACAUGUUUUAUCACAAUAAUUUUUGUAAUGGAUGCAAGUAUCACAAACGUUGACGAAAAUGGCUGAUAAUAACAAAGGCCGUUCUACCAAGGAUUUUUUCCGGCAAAUUUUCAAUGUUCGAGACUGCUUUACUUUCUUGCUUUAUGUUGUCUUUUUUUACACGCGUUUUUCGUCUUCGAAAAAAUUUUGAAAAAGUUACCUUUGCUAUUCUUGAGCGGAAAAUCCGAAACGAUGUCUCUUGCAAUUUUAUUCAAUUAUAUCAAUAAAGCACGUAUCGUUAAAGUUUCGAAAGAAAGUCGUCUCCUAUUUUGUUAAAUAAUUAGAGAUUGAUAAAUUAUCUGAACUAUAACGACGCUAAUUUUAUGUAACUUCUUCGCCUCGAUGCCGUACCAUUUCUUUUGCACCGAUCGAGUACUUUGCCGCAAUAAUGGAGCAAUACCAGUACCAAAGCGCGAGCGCGUCAAAGUGAACAUAUCUGUAUUUUUAUGAGAUUACUUUUCUAAUUGUAGAAAUAUAUUUCGUUCUCGAAACUGGUCGGGGAGGGGGGGGGGGUUGGUUCACGUGGCAAAUCGCGUGUGAUAGCUAGACGUAUCUAGGCAUGCAUAAUAAUUUCUACAUGUAUGUAAAUAUAUCAAAAAUUCUAUUAUGUGUCGGAGUGACUUGGGCGCAAGGUUUCGCGGUGACUAUCGCAGGCUGCUCUCACAAGACGCGCUUCUGAUCUCUACUUUGAACAUGUCAUUUAAUUAAUUAAUUAGUUUACUUCUUAUUCCAAAGAUACGUCACUUUGUUUCGAGUACAAACAACGUAACACCAUUUCAAUUGUUUCCGCUGUCCCUCAAACGUUGCCAUUUGCACCAAUGCGAACGCAAUUCAUUUCCCAAGUCCCAGGCAGUGUGAGAAAGAACGUGAAACGAGGCGCCUUUCAUAAAUUAUUUGCAAGAAAAUUAUUUAGAUAUCACGAAAGCUUGCCUCUACGGUUUCUCUUAGCGAUACCCGUCAAGCCUUACGGCCGAGGGCGCAGCACACAUUCAUACCUACUCGUCAAUACUAAGAAGCGUCGCGAGAAGCAAACAAAAUAAGUUGUUAAUCAACUAGCACUAUACACACUGUACCGGCACGGCGAUUAUCGCCGGCGUGUUGGACCUGGGCGAAAAGAAGAGGUCCCUCGACCGUCUGGGAAUCCGCUUCGCUCGCGUCGGAUCGGACUUCAGGACCACUCGCCCAUCGUCGCGCGGAUCCUCGAGGAUUGACUCGCGAGUGCUUUGAGUUAAUUCAGUGCCUGAACUUCGCAGUUUUUAUCCCCCGCGGUCGCGAAACUCGUAGUACGAGCGAAUAAUUGUAAAGCUCUCCCCAUAAUAGAUCCAAAGAAAGUAACCCGACCUAACGUAACGUAGACACACUCUCUAUUAGACCGCUAUACAUAUGUACCUAAACAUAGGCUACGCGUUUCUUGUUUUAUAGAAGAGGAGAGAGGAGCGUGUUUUAUUCUCCGCAGUGGUAUUUUGUUUCUAUGAGCUGGCCUCUAAAGUUAGGGAUUUUAUCGUAACGGCAACGUCUCGCCUGUUGAUGGUUAUCAUCGCGAUUCCGCUGAAAUAAAUCGUGCGGGGGGUUCAACGCAACAAGAUCUCGAAACAAUUAGAUAGAUUUUGCGCUCUUGACUUUCGGAGCGUCGCCUUUAGUCGAAAUCUAUGAUGAAAUAAUUAGAUAUGUCAAUCAAAUUCGACGACAUAUUGUUUUUCCAACUGUUCUACUAAAAAAUACCCCUUUCUUCGUUAAUGGUUUUGCGAAUCUGUCAUUUGUGACGUCUAUCAAUCUCGUUCCACCUGUGUUAACUUUUUGACUCGAGACCAGUGAGAAGUCGAGUUAUAAUGUUAAAGAUCAUGUGAUAAUUAUCGGCAAGACGUUACGUCAGUUGCACCACGGUUAUACAUACACAUUACACAUAUACAUAUAGAUAUAUAUAUAUAUCGUAUAUAAAAUUAUAUUCGUAGCUUUUUCUGCUCUUGUAAAUAUACAUUACGCGCGGAGGGGAGGAUAAAGGAACUUUUUCCCCCGCGCGGGUACGUCGCGUAUUGAGUGUCCCGAAACUGUCACUCCUUUCCAGUUACAAACUUCUCGAUCGUUACCUUCGUAAGACAAGCUACAAUUCUGUUAAAAUGUUCUCUCAAAGUUGGAUUUUGUUUUCCACCUGCGCAGCUUGCCACGCGAAAUAACGCACUCCAUUUUCCAUCGCGCUUACGUUUCGAUCGAAGCCGCGAAGCAAAAGUUGUUCGUUCGAACUCUCUGACGAGUCUUCAUGGUCCUCGACGGGGGCAGUAGUCCCGGGGCACUCGGUAUAUCUUGCCUACUUGUAUCAUACUGUUCGUGAGUGUUGUGAACGCGACGUGUGUGUACGUGAGUAUAAAAUCCUCUUUCUUCUGCGUCGGGACUGAAGGCCAGUGCUGGGCAAAGGUGUUAUUGUCCUGACACUCGUAGGAAUAGGAUCUGGGGAUCUUAAAGGCGAAACAGAGAGCUGGGCCUUCGUGGAACGAGACAGGUUUCCCUUUGGACGAAGAGGACGAGACAUACGCGUUUCCCGCUUCCCUCGAGAGGCGGUAAACGCGCCGAAAAGAUCUUUUCUUUUUAUUCCAAACGAAAGAUCCUUCAUUGGGAGAAAUUAUUUUGUUCCGAAGAGUUUGUUUUUUCCACGAAUGAAGAAACGUCGCCGAUUUCAUUUUGCUUUUAAGAUCCUCAGCUGAUUAUAUAAUAUAUGAUGACAAGCUUACUGUUAUCGUACACGUACACAAAUUUUGUUAAGUUUCAACGAUUACAUGAUGUAUCGUUUGUUAUAAUUAUUAAGUCGGAGCGGAAGAAUUGCGGCGAGCAUUGUCUUUAUUGUGUACAGAAGAUUCCUAAAAAACCUCCACAUAUUGACCCGUAGAUCGUUAUCGGACAAUUUGCGGAUAAUUCGUUGCUUCUCCCGCGCUUGAGAAAAAUUCUAAAUUACGGAAACGGGGUCUUGAGUCAUCAAGAUACAUUCUAAAUCGCUGAUGUGUAAGUAGCUUCCUCGGUAACGUACGUCGUGCAAGACCCCUUGGGAAAAUUUACUUUAAACGAAAUUAAAGUUUUUAAAGUAAUCAUUCAAAGCUAAGAGUUUAUCUAAGAAAUUUUAGAGUAAUUUUGGACACUUUAAGUAAUUUUUAGAUAGCCAAGCCUGUCGAAGUU